AUGGAUUAAUGCAAAACAUAUUCUCACAUUAGAUCAAUAUCAUCUUGUAAGUCUAAACAUAAAAUUUCUAAUAAGUCUCGUGAUUUAAUCAACCCUAGAAAGAGGUCUGUUACAUUUAAUAGUGAUGUUGAUUUAAUUAAAUCAAUAAGUUGCCAAGAAAAUUUACUUGAUUUAAUAGGGAAGGUACAGAAAUAAAAAUAAGAUUACCUAUUAUCUCUUUAAAAUUCUUAAAUGUCUUUACUUCCACCUUUGAAAGUAGAAGAAGAAGAAAUUAAGACAUCAAAAUAAUAAGUGAAAAAGUAGACUAAUAAAGAAUAUUAUGAAUUUACAAUACCUAUGGAUCCAUAUAAAAAACAGUUGUAUUAAAAAUUAAAUAUAUAUGGGAAAUUCAUUGAACCAACACAAUAUAAAAAAAUAGAUUACUAAUAAAUUUAGACAUUGUAUAUUAUUUAUUAUUAUAUGAUUAGUGAAUCAGCAAUUUCAUAAAUUUAAUUUUAAGAAUGCAAUAAAGAAAAGAUAAACAAAUUAUAAGAAUAAGAUACUUAAAAAUAAAUGGAUAAGUUAAAUUCAUAAGUUGAUGAUACUUAAAGAUUCAAUCAAUAAUAUUAUUCAAAUUAUAAUCAAGAUUAUGAUUUAUUUUAAGAAUAGUAGAAAAUGAACAAAAUUAUUAAUGAAGCGUUAAAAUUUAAAUAGUAAAAAAGAGAACCUAUUAAUGCAUCAAAGAGUGUUAAAUAAAAGAGAACAUAAAUGAGGAAUUAUCUUGAAAAUUAAUAUUAGAAUGCAUUAAAUUCUGUAAUGUAGGGUAUUAAUAUAAAUACAGAAGAAGAUAAUCUAUUUAUAAGAAAGAAAUACUAAAAAAGAAUUAAAUUAAAUACUUCUUUUAAUAAUUCAAGAAUUACUUCCUAAUAUACAAAAAAAGCAAUUUCUUCUUAAAUUAUUCACCCUGAUAGAUAAGACUUUGUUAAUAAGACUCUAGAGAUCUAUGAUAAAUGCAAUACUUAUCUUAAUUGA